GUAAUCUGAUUUUAGUUAUUUCCUAGGCCAUCAAAGCGGUACUUUUAAAGCAGGUCAGUCUUAAAAAGAUGCGGUCGCCGCCACUGUCGCCGCUGCCGGGAGCGUCUCCUUGGCCUGGAACGCUCGGCCCCCUCCUCUGCCCACCUCCCUCUGUCCUCCGGCUGGAGAAGUGAGGGCGCUCGAAUGGUGGGCUGUCAGGGGACUCACUCUCCGCCAACGGGAGCGCAUCGCCUUUCGUGUUCUGCCCGAGAUUUCACGACGCCGAGUGCAAUGUAGUGUGUACAGCCAUACUGUUGUAUCUGUGUCCUCGCCCCCACCCCCCACCCCGCCACCUGACCAAUGCUGGGAUCCGAGAUCUAGUCGCCCCCUUCCUGCCUCCUCUCCUCUCUCCCCACCCAGUCUUCUCUCAUCUCCACGCCACCGACCCCCACUCCCACCCAUCCAAAGGGCAAAGAGCAAAGACACUUGGAAAAGGCAAGGGCUAGCUGCAUCUCCUCGUGUAGACCGAGGCCGCAGGCAGGGAUUGUACUGUGAGAGAGACAAUCUUUCGGCGAGAGAAAGAGAAAUCCAGAAAGGAACCCCGGCUCUCGGGAACCUGGGAGCUCGCCACUGAAGGGAGAGCACCAAGAUUGUCGAUCAGAGGAACCUGGUCCUGGGACACUAGAACAGCCAGCCUGCCACCCUAGGCAAGCACGGAGAGCUGUGGUCCUGAGACCGGCUGCCAGCAUCCCCGCGCUAGGUGCGCGCCCGCCCGGCUCUCCCAUCGCUAUGCAGCGACCAUUUCCCUCUAAGUCUCAAAGGUGGACCACUCUAAAAGGAUUACAAGCGUGAUUUGGUAGCCUUUCCGAAAGUUGGUGGCCAGAAGAGGGGAAGAUCCUGGGCGACAGGAUGACGGAUACAAUGCAGCCUAGCGGAGAGUUUGCCCCUCCCGCUGGGAAGCCCCUCGGAGCGAACCUCGGAGAUCCUGAGCGGUCUGCACCAUAGUCUUGUAAUCAACUCCGAAUGAUGAAGCCAGCCAUAGCUGAGAAGCUUCCCAGAGGGAGGAUGCUGUGGAUAAUUCUUCUAAGCACAGUCGCUCUAGGAUGGACUACCCCAAUUCCCCUGAUUGAGGACUCAGAGGAAAUAGAUGAGCCCUGUUUUGACCCAUGCUACUGCGAAGUUAAAGAAAGCCUCUUUCACAUACAUUGUGACAGCAAAGGAUUUACAAACAUUAGUCAGAUUACUGAGUUCUGGUCAAGACCUUUUAAACUGUAUCUUCAGAGGAAUUCAAUGAGAAAAUUGUACACCAAUAGUUUUCUUCAUUUGAAUAAUGCUGUGUCCAUUAACCUUGGGAACAAUGCAUUGCAGGACAUUCAAACUGGAGCUUUUAAUGGCCUUAAGAUUUUAAAGAGACUGUAUCUCCAUGAGAACAAACUAGAUGUCUUUAGAAAUGACACUUUUCUUGGCUUAGAAAGUCUGGAAUACCUGCAGGCAGAUUACAAUGUCAUUAAACGUAUAGAGAGUGGGGCAUUUCGGAACCUAAGUAAAUUGAGGGUUCUAAUCUUAAAUGAUAAUCUCAUUCCUGUGCUUCCAACCAAUUUAUUUAAGGCAGUUUCUUUAACCCAUCUGGACCUACGUGGAAACAGGUUAAAGGUUCUCUUCUACCGAGGCAUGCUGGAUCACAUUGGCAGAAGCUUGAUGGAGCUCCAGCUAGAAGAGAAUCCUUGGAACUGUACCUGUGAGAUUGUACAGCUGAAGAGUUGGCUGGAGCGAAUUCCUUACACAGCCCUGGUGGGAGACAUCACCUGUGAGACACCUUUCCAUUUCCAUGGGAAGGAUCUCCGUGAAAUCAAGAAGACAGAACUCUGUCCACUGUUGUCUGACUCAGAGGUGGAGGCCAGUCUGGGGAUUCCCCACUUAUCAUCAAGCAAGGAGAACGCUUGGCCAACCAAACCUUCCUCAAUGUUGUCUUCUGUCCAUUUCACUGCUUCUUCUGUUGAAUAUAAAUCCUCCAAUAAGCAGCCGAAACCCACCAAACAGCCCCGAACACCCAGACCACCUUCUACAUCCCAGGCUUUAUACCCUGGUCCAAAUCAACCUCCCAUUGCCCCCUAUCAGACCAGACCACCCAUUCCCAUUAUUUGCCCUACUGGGUGCACAUGCAAUUUGCAUAUCAAUGACCUUGGCUUGACGGUCAACUGCAAAGAAAGAGGAUUUAACAACAUCUCUGAACUCCUUCCAAGGCCCUUGAAUGCCAAGAAGCUGUACCUGAGCAGCAAUCUGAUUCAGAAGAUAUAUCGCUCUGAUUUUUGGAAUUUUUCUUCUUUGGAUCUCUUGCACCUGGGGAACAAUCGCAUUUCUUAUGUCCAGGAUGGAGCUUUCAUCAACCUUCCCAACCUGAAGAGUCUCUUUCUCAAUGGUAAUGAUAUAGAAAAGCUGACUCCAGGUAUGUUCCGAGGUCUACAGAGCUUGCAUUACUUGUACUUCGAGUUCAAUGUCAUCCGGGAAAUCCAACCUGCAGCCUUCAGCCUCAUGCCCAACUUGAAGCUGCUAUUUCUCAACAAUAACUUGCUGAGGACCCUGCCAACUGAUGCCUUUGCGGGCACAUCCCUGGCUCGGCUCAACUUGAGGAAGAACUACUUCCUCUACCUGCCAGUGGCUGGCGUCCUUGAACACUUGAACGCCAUUGUGCAGAUAGAUCUCAAUGAGAAUCCUUGGGACUGCACUUGUGACCUGGUCCCCUUCAAACAGUGGAUCGAAACCAUCAGCUCAGUCAGCGUGGUAGGUGACGUACUCUGUAGGACCCCCGAGAACCUCACGCACCGUGAUGUGCGCACUAUUGAGCUGGAAGUUUUAUGCCCAGAGAUGCUGCAUAUUGCCCCACUUGGACCAUCUCCACCCCAGCCUGGAGACUACCACCCUAACGGGGGACCAACAAGUCCAUCACCUUAUGAGUUCUCUCCUCCCGGGGGCCCUGUGCCACUUUCGGUGUUGAUUCUCAGCCUGCUGGUUCUGUUCUUCUCAGCGGUCUUCGUGGCCGCGGGCCUCUUCGCCUAUGUGCUCCGUCGGCGUAGGAAGAAGCUGCCCUUUAGAAGCAAGCGGCAGGAAGGUGUGGACCUUACAGGAAUCCAGAUGCAAUGCCACCGGCUGUUUGAGGACGGUGGAGGCAGUGGUGGUGGGAGUGGAGGCGGAGGUCGACCAACUUUGUCCUCACCUGAGAAAGCUCCUCCCGUGGGUCACGUGUACGAGUACAUCCCUCACCCAGUUACACAGAUGUGUAACAACCCCAUCUACAAGCCUCGAGAGGAGGAAGAAGUGGCUGCUUCAGCAGCCCAGGAAACAGGAGCGGCAGAACGUGGAGGUCCCGGGACACAGCCUCCAGGAAUGGGUGAGGUGCUCUUAGGAAGUGAGCAGUUUGCAGAGACACCCAAGGAGAACCAUAGUAACUACCGGACCUUGCUGGAGAAGGAGAAGGAGUGGGCUCUGGCCGUUUCCAAUUCCCAGCUCAACACCAUAGUGACGGUGAACCACCACCACCCUCACCCUCACCACUCGGCAGUCGGUGGGGUCUCAGGUGUAGGUGGAGGGACUGCGGGCGACUUGGCUGGGUUCCGCCACCACGAGAAAAACGGUGGGGUGGUGCUGUUUCCCCCUGGGGGAGGUUGUGGCGGUGGCAGUAUGCUACUAGACCGUGAGAGGUCACAGCCUGCUCCAUGCACAGUGGGAUUUGUGGACUGUCUCUAUGGCACAGUGCCCAAAUUAAAGGAACUUCAUGUCCACGCCCCUGGCAUGCAAUAUCCAGACUUACAGCAGGACGCCAGGCUCAAAGAAACCCUUCUCUUCUCGGCUGGAAAGGGCUUCACAGACCACCAAACCCCCAAAAGUGAUUACCUCGACCUAAGGGCCAAACUUCAAACUAAGCCGGAUUACCUCGAAGUUCUGGAGAAGACAGCGUACAGGUUCUGACGGAACGAAGAAAAUGAAUUAGUGGCUUUGUUUUGAUUUUCAAAAGAAAAAGGAAAAUAAAAAGAAAUAUAUCCCCGGCUCCCAUUAUAAUUGUCCCAAUAAGUCCAUCCUCACAAUUUCCCCCGCCCAGGACAGAACUGAAACAAACGCAUGAUAACUAGAGAAUACAGAAGUGUGCUCCCCCCUCUCAGAUGCGAUUUUGAGGAAGGGCCAUACUCAGAUCAUUAAUCAAUGAAGUGCCUUCGCAGACUUUUGCCAGCAAAUGUUAUCAUUAUUUUUUAUACUGAAACUCGAGACUUUGUGCCAUGUGUGAGGUAUAACGGGGAUCCUUGUACUGAUCCUGAAUGAGUAAAAUUCAAUGUGUCUUUUUAUUUUCAGUAACUUUUAUUCCCUUUAGUUGCAGUUUUGUUUGAAAGGGAGGGGGAGAUUGACAUUUACAGCUUUCUCUCCUUUUCCCAUCAUGGCACAGAUUCUGUACAUGUAUUAACAAUGCAGUUUGCUGCAUGCUUGAAAACUGCAGGACGGGGAGGGAGGGGCGGGUCUUGCUCGAAUGUUCUCACACUGUUGUCUCUAUCUCCCACACAUAUUCAUGUGCACACAACAAACCCUACAUACACUUAGGCCUCUCAGCCUUCGCUGGGUGCAGUACACAUGCACACACACACACACACACGCACACGCACACGCACACGCACACACUCCUCCCACGCAACUUAAUCUGCUUAGUUCGGGUUUGAUCUAUUUCUUCCCUCCAUAGCUCCACGUGCACUUCACUCCUUGUGUACAGCUCACAGCGUCUCUCCUACCACCCUGGGAAAAGUCACAUUGGAGGCUGGAUCCUACUGAAGUGAAGGCUUCUUGCUCUGACAGCUGGAGACACACCUAGGGUUGAGUACCCUCCUUGUGACAUUUCAUCCUGAUGCCAAGAUUUUUUGAGAACAUCUGCACUUUCUUAUAUAUAUACGAUAUUAAAAAAUAAAAAAGCAACUGGGUAUAUAUCACUAACAGCUUUGUAGGAAGCACUUUUAAUGUUUUCUCUCUCACACACAAAGAUUCAAAAGAAAUGUGCAUAUAUUUAUUCUGUAAUUUCAGUGAUUAUAAAUUGUAAAGGUAAUGUUUAAUCAUUGUAUAGUGAUUAUGCGUCCGGUAUAGCUUUCCUAAUAAAAAGUUUUUGAAAAACAUAAUACAUUAUAUAUAGAAGAUACAAGGCUUGAAUUUAAACUUCAGCUAUGCCAUGCCUUUCGUACUCCCAUGUAAAAAUAUUUAUUUUACUUGAUAUACAGACAGCUAAUUAAUUAACAAGUUUGAUGCACUGUGAUAUUGAUAAAUAUCAUUAUACAUUAUCCAUAUCCCACAUCAGGAUUAAAUUGGGGCUUGGAUGUGCUGAUCUACACUUCAGUUUUUCAUGGGUUGUAAAUUUUAAAUUCAGUUCCCCAGUGAGGCACUCUUCCAUAGGUGGGGUGUGAGUGGGAGAAAACAAAGUGGCUGAAGGAACAAAUACAGGAUUAAUCUGGAUGUGGUCAAACAGGAGAUGACAUGAAGGAACAGAAAAACAAAACAGCUCUCCUUUAAAUCAAAACAAGCACUAAAAUUAGAUCUGUCAGCAGCUUAGGUACAGCAACACUCUCCAUGCACACGCACAGCCCCAGAAAAGUCUAGGACUUCAAGCAACCAUAGAGUAUCUGUUAUCUGAGAAAGUCAUCAUUUUUAUGUUUGGACAUUUUUUUUUUCCCCAGCGACUCGCUUCAAAUGGACUCAGACAUGCUUGCACUAAGAUGUUUGAUUCUAAUUGUUUUAUUUUUCUGUAUGACAUUAAAAAGAUGUUUCAAAGUUAACUUGAAGACACUUUAAGUUAUGAUCCAAUUUCAUUUGAGCAAAACCAAAGAAAAUUGAAAUUUAGGAUGCAAGACACGAGAAUUAGAGCCGCUUACCCAGUAGGACCAGUAGAUGGUAGCAGAGCUCCAGUGAUCGCCAGAUGCAGGCACUAUUGACUGGUGAAGUGAGGCUUUCCUUCCUUCAAGCUGCCCUUAGAAAUGAUCAUUACAUGCCGAAUGGACUUCACCUCCAGUUGCUGAAGCCUUACAUCACAUCAUUUCCCAAUAGGAAAUAAAAAUAGCACCGGUUUCUAAGGCAGUGUGGUACAUACAUUAAAGCAUUGUAUUUAAAAGAUGGAGGAAAAGUGAAUGUCUAGAACAUGUUUAUGUAACCAUUAACUACAUACAGCUGUCAGAGUAGAUGUGCAUACAGAUAAAACAUACAAGUACAUCAAUAUAAAAAUGCUCUUUUCAGGGUUUCUUUGCAUUUGAUAUAUGGCAUAUGUAAUUUCUGUCCUCCAUCAUUCAGUCUAUUUUGGAGUUAUUUUAGAAAGUCCAUAAAACUAACUACUGUCCUGUCUCUUUAUGUAAAAUUUUGAAAUGAAGCGCUCUCUAUCCAAGAGAGUUGGACUCGUGUUAUAAAGCAGAUGGACUUUUUUUGUUUGUUUGUUUUUUGUUGUUGUUGUUUUUUGGUAAACUUUCCCACAUGUCACCUUCUCUAGAUAUCUUACCUUCCAUAUUCUUUCUAAUAAUUUUCCCUAUUUACUGAUAUUUUUAAGAGAAUAAAAUGACAAUAGUGUUCUUACAGGUUUUACAACUUAACUUGAGGAGCCUCUGUAAGUCCAGUGACUAUCAACCUUCCAUUUCUUCCUGAUCAUUCUGUUGAAUGGAAGAAAAAAGAGUGAAAACCUAGAUUUUUCCUAGAAAACCAUCAUUCAUGCAACACAGAAUAUUAAACAUUUCAGGUUAAAUGUCAUCACUAAGGACCCUGGUGCUUUGACAUUGGAAAAUAAGUCUCUCUAAACCUUGUCUAAUUAAACUAUAACUUGAUAAAUGUAAUAUUUAUAUUUUUAUUUAUCACAUAUUGAAGUUAGACUGUCUUAGCUUAAAUUUCACCCUUGAAUAAAGAAUAAAUUCAUUUAUUUAGUGAGAAAAAAUUUAUAUGAGAAUGAAAUUUUGUAUUUAAGAGGACAAUGUUUUGCUUUCAUGGAGUUUUCUCUCCCCUGACUCAGCCACUUACUUUAAUUUUGCACUAAAACUGAGUUAACAAACUUUAGUUUAUAACAACAGGUAUUAUUUCUAUUAAAUUACAUUCAUAUUUAUAUAAAAAUGGUUUAGCAUCUGCUUCAUAUUUCUUAUUGAAGUAAAUUAUUUGUUUUUUUUUUUUACAAAAUAGAUAGGUAGUUCCAUUCAUAGCAACAUCCUGCUGCUGAGAUCGACUGAGAUCUGACAGAUAUUUUCUUUUAUUUCUAACUAUUUUUAAUUACUAAUUACAAUAAUCGUGCUUGAAAAUAGAAAAUGCAUUGUGAUGUCCCUUCAGCUCUGACAUGAUUAGUGCAAAAAUUAUUGAAGAUGGUCAGUUUAAUUCAGAAUAGUUUUCAAAUGUUAUAUAUCAUUAUAUGGAAUUAUUUAUGUAGAUGAUUUUAUAUUUUGACUAGAAAGAUAUUAUUUUAUUAAAUUGCAAAAUUAUUUAAAAUAGGAUGGUGAAUACAAUAUUUUUAAUAAACGUUCAGAGAGAAAAUAACAAGGGAAGUUUAAUGACUGGUUUGGAAAUUUUCUUUUUUUAACUUGGAAAUUUUAGUUUGGAAGCCUUCUCGUCUAAGAGAACCUGUUUGUAUUGAAGGUUCUGAAAGUAAUAAUGCUGCGGCAGAAGGAUGACCCUUCAGCUAUCUUAGUACAGCGUCAGGCUCAUUCAGCGUAACUCCAGUAUUCCCACACUCCUGUCCUGUUGCAGGUGUUGUCAUAUUUAUUAUUUAUUAUCUCAUAUUUAUUGGUGUUGUCCACACCAAUAAAUCUGGGCUUCUUUCAAAUGACCUUGAUGAAGGGAAAUCCCCCUCAAGAUGUGUCAGACAGGACCUUGACAAUCAAGGGCACUGUUCAGAUGUAAGAACUUUCCAGCUUAAAUAACUGAACAUACACAUUUGUAACUUACACUCAGCUCUCUAAUUCCUCAAAUAUGAAGUUUCAGGUGAACAGAACAUACCUUCAACUAAAUUCAUUGCGUGCAUGUUCUGUCUAAUGUAUUACAGGCCUUGAAAAGUGACUGGAGCAAUAACACAUGAAAAUUUGGCAAUCAUGUGUACAAACAUAUACAUAGUACUAUUACAUAUAUACAUACAUUGUAUACACAUGUAUGUAGCUUAGAUAUGCAGAAUUAUAUGUAAAUUAUGCAUUUUCUACAUGUGUAAAGACUUCAGUUUUAUGCACUUAUUGUUCUGGUAGUCUUUUAGCCACCAACCAAGUAAAGCUGGAUGAAAUAAGUCUUCACUCUGGAUUUCUUCACAUGUAAAAUAUAAAACUGUAAUUAAGAUUUCUGAAUUGAAAAUUUUUUUACCUCCCAUUUUGUUUCAUUUUGUUAUUUAAAUCACAAGAAAAAAAUCUCAGUUAAAAUGGUGAUUCAUUUUAAAUAAAUAUUCACAGUGAGGGGACUUAUUUCUUAUCUGUAUAUAACACAAGACACUUGCUGUCUCUUCCAUUUGUCUGCCCAAAAUAAAUUUUAGAGGUGAAAGCAAUUUAAGUAACCCUAUUAAUUGGACUAGCUCUUUGAAGUUUAUCAAAAUACAAAGCAGGACUGAAAUUGUGAAAUUAUAAUAAAAAGCCUUAAAAAGCAGUUUACAUACAUAGAAUUUACUGUUUAGAACACCAGUUACUAUUACAAUUAUUAAAAUGCUUAGUAACAAGUACAGUCACGGAGCAGGGGCAGCCAUUUUUAUUUUGUUCUUCCAUCUGCAUCAAAGACACAGAGUUUUUACAUCAGAAAUUGGAGUGAAUAGAAGUCACUCCUGGUGCCAAGGUGAUGCUUUAGCCUAUUUGUCAUUUCUGAUGAUAUUGGCUUCUGAAAAUAAUAUGCAUAUUUUUGAGAAACUGUAUUUCUUUUCCAUUGCAUAUGGCUAUUCAAUUAUCUUCAAAAUCUUAAUAGAUAGUACUUAUAGUAUAGUUCACAGAUCUAUGGCCAUAGGGUGAGAAAAGGGAGUGUGGGUGGGACUGGGAGGAAAUGAGGGAGGGGGCUCCAAAGGGGAUAUAAAGGGAAUAAAUUGUAAUAAAUAAAUAAAUAAAUAAUUUAAUUAAUUAAUUUAAAAAUAAAAAUAGGUAAAAAGUGAAUUUGAAAUAAAAAGAAUUUAUGAUUUGACCCAACUCUUAUCUUUAAAUACUAUUAAAUAAUAAACAUUUCUGAAAGAAAGGUUAUUUCACUGCCACUCAGUUACGUUAAGGCCCAGCCUGUCUAAAAUGAUUUUUUUAAAAACUCUAUCAUGCUUGAUUAUUAUCACAGAAUUAACUGAUAGGGCUUGUAAUUACAUUGUAUCUAACCAAGUAAGUUCCACCAGAAAGGAUGCGCUGUUGACCAUAUUCAAGUUUGAACACUUUGCUUCAAUCAAUUUGCAAUGAUCUCUAUUUUUAUUUUUAUUUAUUUAUUUUUCGGUUUCUUCAAAUAACAUCCUACUUAGAAGCUCAAGCUAUUUUUAAACUCACUGAGUAGCCCACACUGGCCUUAACCUCAUGAUAAUUCUCCUGCCUCAGACUCUGAAGUUCUGGGAUUAGAAGUUUUAAGUUACCAUACAAGGCAUUACCUUAAGUAUAAUAUUUCAAGACACGAUUUUUGCACUUUAUACAGUUGAUUGAAGGGAUAGUAUAAUGACUGUAGAUAGCUUUAAUACCAUAAUUAAACUUCCCCUACCAAAGGAUGGCAAACCUGGCCCUAAAAAUAGAUUUAAAACAAAUAUUGCACAGCCUUGUACUUCCACUAUUCCUGACUGCCCUUCACCAUCAUUGGCACUGACAUGCAAUUCAACUUGAAGAGUAGCUAAACUAAGUAUACAUAAAUUAAUUUCUAAUGUGAAAACAUCAUUGGAAAAAUAAUAUAAUUUAGAUAAUAUAAUAAGAUAAUAGUGAAGAUAAAUAAUUUAGCUUUGUUUAUGUUACAAGUAUAUAAAAUGAAUUAUGGUAUUUUAAUAUUUUUAUACAUUUAACAUUUUCAUUUUUUGGCAAUUUCACAUAUGUAUACAAUCUAUUUAAUCACAUUACCCACUGUUAGUCCCCUGACCUUUCUUCUGGAUCUCCGAUACAAACAUGCCCUCCUAACUUCAUGUCUUUUUGUUUGUGUAAAAUUACUGACGGAGUCUAAUUGCACUGCCUAAAGCAAAGGAUUUAGCAGUUUUUUUUCUGUAUCAACUUAGUUUAUUUUGGGGUCAGUUUAACACAAGUCUUUAAUGAAUCCUGUACUAAAGUUCAUUUAAUAAACACACCCUAUUUACUUUUAUCUGUUUAGGAAAACACUAACCUUUAAAUUCUGCAAUUCAUCAUCUAGUAUAUUUAAGAACCAUGACUACUCCAGAUCAUAAAUACAAAUAUUUAAAGAAUUUUUGUUUGUUUUUUUGUUUGUUUGUUUUGUUGUUGUUGUUGGUUUUUUUGUUUGUGUAUUUGUUUGUUUUUUAGACAGGGUUUUUCUAUGUAGCUUUGGCUGUCCUUGACUCACUUGUACACCAUGGUGGUCUUGAACUCACAGUGUGAUCUGCCUGUCUCUGACUCCCUGAGUGCUGAUAUUAAAGGCAUGUGCCACCACACCCACCUUCUUCUUCUUCCUCCUCCUCCUUUUCCUUCUCCUCCUUCUUCUUCACAGUGGAAACCAGGAACAUAAGAUUUAUUCAGUGUGGCCACACUGGCAAGAGGGUCAUAGAGAUCUAGCAAAGCCCUCAAGUUUGUCUUUGGGAUCCUAAAAUAAGAUCAACGUUUAAAUAGACAGCAAGAUUUGAACUUCUAAUGAAGAGAUUCUUGUUAACUGUGGUAUUUGGUUCCUAUUUUAGUUUGUGAUUAGAAUUCUAACAAUAUGAAAGAUGUUGACUUGUUUCUUUUUUUCUUUUUGUUCAGAAAAACUGCCAAUACCUGAUUUCUCUCCCCUGUUUUUCCACUCACAUUAUAUACUUAGGUACCUUUUGACCCCAUGGAAAAUAUAUCUAACUAUAGAUAACAGGAAGAAGAGGGGAAAAAAAUUUUGGAGAAUGAAAUGUUUCCCCUUACAGUGGACUGUUAAGCUCAUUCCCCGAGUGUGCAGCGUGCUAGCUGGAUAUAUGUUGGCAUAACUGUUACACAUCUGGCAUGGAUAGCACACAGGUUGGUAUCUUCAAGAAGGCCAGCCAGAUAGGCCUCACUUGCCUCCUCCUGCAAAGCACCAAUAGCUGCACUCUGGAAGCACAGAUCUGUUUUUAAGUCCUGAGCAAUUUCUUACACCAGACGCUGGAAUCCCGAGGAGCUUGGGAAUGAGGAUUUUGUGGAUUAACAUUUUGAUGAGGCAUAAUGAGAAACCAUAAAGACUAUAUAAAAGCUAGAUGUAAUUUUUCCUUCCUGGUUGAUGUCUAGCACUUAAUAGUACUCAGUGUAAUUUAAACAUGGCUAAGCAGAUCUGAGAUUCUCUUUCCAUUGUUCUCGUCCUAUCUCAAGAGACUGUAAAUUAGAACUUCUGGGUUUCAUUAUGUCCUGAAUGAAGGAGGAAGAGUACAGGUAUUUAUUCUGAGGUGUUUCUUAAAAUUCCUUCCUGCUUAACACAGCCACAAGAAUAUGCUUACCAUAAGUGUAUCCUCAUUCACUCAUUGCCUAUCUGUGCCAAGAAUUCUGGGGUUGCAAUGAUAGUGUAAGAAUUUGAAAGUAUAGUCUACAUUAACAUACUUCUAUAUUUUACAGCUAUAUGUGAUCUUAUUUUAAUGGUUUUGUGCUUGGUUUUUGAGCCAGAGUCAGAUCUAGAGUAGACAAGUUUCAGCUGGACUAUUUAUGUAGCUCUAUCUGACCUUGAACAACUAAUCCUCCUCAGUAUGCUCCAACACAUUUAUUUCUAAUCAGAACUUCUUUCUUUUAUCUUUUCUGUUCUUUUUCUUUUCUUUUCUGUUUUAUCUUAUGCUUCCUGAUGUUCAUUGUAAGUAAAAUCUACGUAGGCUGUGAUAAGAAAGACUGAGAGAAUUGUGUCUGACGUUUCUGGGAAGAACCUAGUGUAAAUAAAGCAGAAAAUUAAAAAGAUGAGCUACCAAGUUUAGUUCCAUCAUCCUUUGUAGCAAAAUGUAUAAAAAGCACAGAGUUAGACAUACUGAAGAAGGGUAGAAAGAAUUUAAGAUCCAGAAACCUAGACAUCUACUUCAAGACAGUUUUUUAUACAGGACAAAAAAAAAAGCUGCACUAAUGAACUCUCAAAAAUACAAAUAUAGUUGCUGGAAUGACCCCUGCAUUAUGACAAUUGACAUGCCAAAGUUAAAGAGGGGAACUCUCAAAAGACUUUUUUCCCUAGGCAAAGAUCUACAGGUUUUUACUAAGAGAGAGGAUAUCAGUCUUCCCCAGGGAUGAAUACCUAAUAAAUUAUCUAACCCAAAGUGAUCAGCCCUAAACACACACAACAUGGAAGCAAAACUGAAGAGACUAAAAGGCAGCAUGUUGUACUAAUGAAUUAAUAUAUGUAUAUUCUUCUGUAUUUGCAUGCAUUUAUACAAGCACUAUUUCUAUUAUGUGUAUAAUACAUAGAAAUAUAAAACUAAUGAUUGAAGAAGGUGAAAUAAUGAAUUUUAAGGGAAUGAGUAGACAGAGGAGUUAGGGGGAGAGAUAUAGGUAGAAAACAUGUAAAUACAGUAUGCAUGUAUGGGAUUUUCAAACAAUUAAGUUUUUAAAAGAUGUGGAUAACUUUUUUAAUAUUAGUUACAGUUUAUUAACUUUGUAUCCCAGCUGUAUCCCACUCCCUCAUUCCCUCCCAACCCCAUCCUCCCUCCCUCAUCUCCUCCCUGCCCUUUUCCAAGUUGACUGAUAGAGGAUGACCUCCUCCCCUUUCAUCUGACCCUAGUUUAUCAAGUCUCAUCAGGACUGGCUGCAAUGUCCUCCUCUGUGGCCUAGCAAGGCUGCCCCUCCCUCGGGGUGAGGUGAGGGAAGGUCAAAUAGCCAGCUAUUGAGUUCAUGUCAGAAAUAGUCCUUGAUCCCUUUACUAGUGUAUCCACUUGGAUACUGAGCUACCAUGGCCUACAUCCUAGCAGGGGUUCUAGGUUAUAUCCAUACAUGGUACUUGGUUGGAGAAACAGUCUCAUAAAAGACCCCUGUGCCCUGAUAUAUUUGGUUCUUGUGGUGCUCUUGUCCUCUCCAGGUCAUACUAACUCCCCCUUCUUUCAUAUGAUUCCCUGCUGAAGGUUUGGUAAUGAGUAUUUUUAUACAAUGGAAUAUUCAGAAAUUAAAAACAAGGAAAUCAUUAAAUUUUCAGGCAAAUGGUGGGACCUAGAAAAGAUCAUUCUGAGUGAGGUAUCCCAGAAGGAGAAAGACACACAUGGUAUAUAUUCACUUAUAUAGACCUAUAAGAUAUGAUAAACAUAUUGAAAUCUAUACACCUAAAGAAGAUAAACAAGAAAGAUGAUCAAUCCUUACUUAGAAAGACAAAUGGAUGAACAUUGGAUGUAGGAGAAAACAAGUAACAGGACAGGAGCCUACCACAGAGGGCCUAUGAAUGACUCUACCUAGCAAUGUAUCAAAGCAGAUACUGUGGAUAACUUUUAAAACAGAUAAAAUUCAAUGAGACUAAAACACUAAAAUGGUCCUAGAAUAUGCAAAAUCAAAUAUCAGUCAUGGUACUUGAAAGUCUUUUUUUUUUUUCUAUUGCUUCAAUUCUUAUACAUAAGAACUGUGAUCUAGUAGGCUUUGUUGGUUUAUGAUCUCCAUGGUUUCAUCUCAGUGAAUAUUCUGCUGUAAUGUCAACGAAGUCAAAUGUUGCAGUCAAACACAAGACAUAGACACACACUCUAUCUGCUUUGAGGUUGAUGCCAAUUCAGUUACAUUUUCACAUGUUCAGUAUAUGCAUAUAUAUAUAUUUCAUAAUUGGAAUGACAAGAUUGAUGUGUCUCUUACUUCAGUUUCUGAUCUGCUGUGGGCAUAAAUAAGAUGGAAUUAGAUUAUGACAAAGAAUCACAUUGGUAAUCAUAUGUGUGAAUAUCUGACAUAUAUUUUUGAAGGAUACAACUUUCAAUGCCUGUCAAUCACAACGUCAUUUGCAGGUAACACGAGGCCUUAAAAGAUGACACAUCAUCUCUAUUCUUACUAACGUCUGAAUGUUGAAAUGCUGCAGUCAUGUUCUCCCCUAUUUUACUAAAGUAUAUUAUUACGCACUGUUUAGCAGACAGAGAAUUUUUACAAACAAGAAACAUUUAAGGAUGGUGUAAAAAAAACUGUUUAUUAAAACAUAUACUUCUGGCAUUCUUUUUCAGCAAAGCUCUAGAUAUGCAUGUCUUCAGAAUAUUCUUUGUUACCAUGUUCCUACACUUUAGUUGUCUUGGCUUUUGAGUUUGUGCUAGAAUUUUUGUUAGUUUUGAAACAUAUGAAUGUUUGACAGAUCCAUAUUCUGUUUAAUAAUCCUAAACUAUUCAAUAUCCGUAGUUGCAUUUAACAUAAAGUUUAGUUACUUUAGAAAUUGUACCUAAUGCAUCACAGAAUUUCAAACGUGAUAAAUCAGAGUAAAAAGCAGCAUAUGAAUCAGUUAUGCCAAAGCACUAUAAAUAGAA